GCCAUGUCAACACGUCACCCUGCCACAUUCAACCCCCAUCAACAAUGGAAACCCGUUUCCAACCCUUACCUCCUGAGAAUCAGGGCAUUAAGCUUGUGACAAUUCUUCCCAGCAUACUCCAAAGCAGCCCCGCGAAAUGCCAUCUUCAAGUUGUACCUCUAGCUACCGUCCCCCCAUUCGAGGAACUCUUCUAUGUUUGGGAUGAUGAUCAAGACGAAAAGCAGAUUUAUGUCGACAACUCUGCCGUUACUAUCACUAACAAUAUCAGGAUAGCGCUGCUUCAUCUCUGGUAAAAGUAGAAACCCCGCGUGAUGUGGAUUGACUCUCUGCAU